CAAAAUCUCACGAACUAGCUCCAGCAAGGCUCGAAAUCGAUGAGCACACUUUCCCGUAACUGAAUGAACUAUUAACUUGAGACACUUGUACAACUACUGCUUUCUGAGUUUCACUGAGGGAGUAAAUAAAACGAGAUAAGUUAUCCAUGAUCCACUCUCCUAUACCUAAAAUACAAAAUCAGACAACCCCAUCUUCCGUUGGAUUUGAUUCACAUUGAAUGAGUUGAGGUCGGAAUCCAUCGAGCUGAAUACAAAAAGUGGCUAUACGUCCUCGAAGAUGGCAGUUUCAGAGGAGGAAUCUUCCUCUUCGUCGGCGUCUGCGAGUACCUGCAGGUCCCGAUCAGCAGCCAUGAACGGUGGAUGUUAUUUGGCGAAGACGGUGCUAAGAGGAAGCGUUGUUCUCCAAGUCGUCUAUGGCCACAUCCGCUUUUCUUCUUCCAACGACGUAGUUUUCGGCAAGGAGACAUCUUUAGAGUUGGUGGUCAUAGAUGAUAGCGGAAUUGUACAAUCAAUAUGUGAGCAGCCAGUGUUUGGCACUAUAAAAGACCUUGCUGUUCUUCCUUGGAGUGAUCAGUUUCGUUCUCGAAACUCACAGGUUCAUGGGAAGGAUAUUCUGGUUGUGAUGUCUGAUUCGGGGAAGCUAUCAUUUCUUACAUUUUGCAAUGAAAUGCACAGGUUUUUCUCGCUGUCGCACGUUCAACUCUCAUGUCAUGGAAAUUCAAUGAAUCAAAUUGGAAGGAUGUUAGCAAUUGAUUCAAAUGGCUGUUUUAUUGCUGCUAGCGCAUAUAAAGAUAGAUUAGCUCUUCUCUCUGUUUCAACUUCUGGUGGCAAUGAUAUUAUUGAGAAGAAAAUCUGCUGCCCUCCUGACAAUCAAGAGAACAUCAGGAAUGGAAAUGGUGUUACUGAUAUCUGUGGUACCAUAUGGAGUAUGUGCUUUAUCUCAAAAGAUCUACAUCAGGCAAGUAAGGAGCACAACCCUGUGUUAGCAGUUCUUCUGAAUAGGGAGAGAUCGUAUAGGAGUGAGCUAAUGUUGGUAGAAUGGGAAGUUAAGGAGGAUUUGCUCCAUGUGAUAUAUCAGUAUGCGGAACCUGCACCGUUUGCACAUCAUAUAGUUGAAGUUCCGUAUUCUUAUGGACUAGUGCUUCUGUUCAGGGAUGGGGAUAUCAUUCUAAUGGAUUGCAGGGAUGCUUGUAACCCUGAUUUGUUAUAUAGAAUAAGUUUAAAUUUCUCUCCUUCAGUUGAAGAGCAGAAUUUUGUUGAACCUACAAUUAGGAUUCCAGAUAUUAUUGAUGAAGAAGGUAUGUAUAAUGUUGCUGCAUCUGCAUUAUUGGAGCUCAGUGACAUAAACAAAAGCGAUCCAAUGAACAUUGAUGAUGAAAGCAUCAUCAAACCAGGCGGUAAUUAUGUAAGUUCAUGGAGUUGGGACUCUGCAAAUAAAAACAAUCCAAGGAUAAUUUUUUGUGCUGAUACCGGGCAAGUUUUUAUGAUUGAGAUAUUUUCAGAUUGUGAUGGAAUCAAAAUGAAUUUAUCUGACUGUCUUUACAAAGGUAUACCAACCAAGGUGCUAUUGUGGAUGGAGACUGAUUUUAUAGCAGCUAUAGUUGAGAUGGGUGAUGGGAUGGUUCUAAAAUUGGAAGAUGGAAGGCUAGUUUACACAAGUCCAAUCCAAAACAUUGCACCGAUAUUGGAUAUGUCGGUUGUGGACUACCAUAAUGAGAAACAAGAUCAAAUGUUUGCUUGCUGUGGGAUGGCACCUGAAGGAUCGUUGCGAAUCAUUCGAAGUGGCAUCAGUGUGGAGAAGUUGUUAAAAACUGCUCCUAUUUAUCAAGGCAUAACUGGCACUUGGACUGUGAAAAUGAAAGUCACUGAUAUCUAUCAUUCUUUCCUAGUGCUGUCUUUUGUUGAAGAAACCAGAGUUCUUUCAGUUGGGGUAAGCUUUUCUGAUGUAACUGAUGCUGUGGGUUUCCAGCCUGACGUCUGCACCUUGGCAUGUGGUCUGGUAGCUGAUGGUAUAGUGGUGCAAAUACACCAACAUGCUGUUAGACUGUGUGUGCCUAUUGCAUCUGCAAACCCUGAAGGUAUCACUGAAGCUUCUUCCCCUGGAACAUGGUCGCCUAAUGAUACUACAAUUAGUAUGGGAGCAGUUGGGCACAAUGUGAUAGUUGUGGCAACUUCGAACCCAUGCUUUUUAUACGUACUUGGUUUCAAAUCAUUGUCAGCAUGUAAAUAUGAAGUGUACCAAUUGCAACAAGUAAGAUUGCAGGAUGAACUGUCCUGCAUUUCAAUCCCUCAGAAACAGAUUGAUCUAAAACCAUUUGUGUCUCAAAUGAGCAACGCGAACAAUGCCCCUAUUGUUUCUCUUCAAGCAGAGUUUGACUUCAGUAGUACCUUUAUUAUUGGUACACACAAGCCUUCUGUGGAAGUUCUAUCCUUCUCGUUUGAUAAAGGCCUUCAAGUUGUUGCUGUAGGAUCAAUAUCACUAACUAACACUCUAGGAACUACCAUAACUGAUUGUAUUCCUCAAGAUGUAAGGCUUAUACUUGUUGAUCGGCCAUAUGUUCUUUCAGGAUUAAGGAAUGGUAUGCUACUCAGGUUUGAGUGGGCUUCUACCUCAAAUGUUUCUGCUGUACAAACAUCUUGCGUGCAGCAUUUCACUUGUUCUCAGUUGCCAAGUACUAUGACUGCACCACGUACCACAUCUGUAAAUUACAGGGCCAUGCCUACAUCUGUUUCGACUUUACUUGAUAAGACGAGGGACACUAUUUUUGUUCAUCUUCAACUAAUUGCAUAUCGUCGUAUAGGCAUUAAUCCAGCUAGCUUGGUUCCUUUAAGUGACUCUCUUGAUACGGAUGUAAUUGCUUUAAGUGAUAGGCCUUGGCUAUUACAAACUGCAAGACAUAGUAUUUCCUUCACAUCCAUCUCCGUUCAGCCUUCCACACAUGCCACUCCAGUUUGUUCAAUUGAAUGUCCCAAGGGUGUUCUAUUUGUUGCUGACAAUAGCCUAAAUUUGGUGGAGAUGGUGUCCACUAAACGGCUUAAUGUGCAGAAGUUUCACGUGGAAGGAACUCCACGCAAGGUUUUAUAUCAUAGUGAAAGCAAGCUAUUGGUAGUUUUGAGGACCGAUCUCAAUGACAAUUCAUCCUCAGAUGUCUGCUGUAUAGAUCCUCUUAGUGGACAAGUGCUAUCCUCAUUUAAAUUUGACUCAGGGGAGACUGGUAAAUGCAUGGAGUUGGUUAAGUCUGGAAAUGAUCAGGUUUUAGUGGUUGGAACUAGCCGCUCAUCUGGUCCUGCAAUAAUGCCUAGUGGUGAAGCUGAGAGUGCUAGGGGUCGUUUAAUAGUCCUCUGCCUUGAACAUAGCCAUACUUCAGAUAGUGGUUCCAUGGCAUUUUCUUCAAGGGCUGGAUCAUCUUCUCAGCGAACUUCACCUUUCUGUGAAAUUGGGGGAUAUGCUGCAGAACAGCUGUCUGGAAGCAGCCUAUGUAGCAGCCCUGAUGAUAACAGCUGUGAUGGGAUUAGAUUUAUAGAAAACGAGCCAUGGCACUUGCGUUUAACGUAUUCAAACAUCUGGCCUGGAGUGGUUCUUGCUAUCUGCCCUUACCUUGAUCGUAAUUUCUUGGCUUCAGCUGGUAAUUCUUUUUAUGUUUGCGGCUUCUCCAGUGAUACUUCUCAAAGGGUGAGGCGACUUGCAUCAGCAAAAACACGGUUCAUGAUCAUGACUUUAUCAUCGCAUUCAACCAGGAUUGCUGUUGGUGAUUGUAGAGACGGUAUCCUAUUCUACUCAUAUCGAGAGGAUACAAGAAAACUGGAGCAGCUUUACUGUGACCCUUUCCAGCGCUUAGUUGCUGAUUGCAUUCUUAUGGAUACUGAUACUGCUGCUGUUUCUGAUCGGAAGGGGGGCAUUGCCAUUUUGUCAUGCUCAGAUCAUUCAGUAGAUAAUUCCAGCCCUGAAUGCAAUUUAGCUGUAUUUUCAUCAUUUUACAUAGGUGAAGUUGCUAUGCGGAUCCGAAAAGGUCCAUUCUCCUACAAACUUCCAGCAGAUGAUAUUUUGAGGGGAUGUCAAGAUACUGACAAUGUUGGUAACAUGUCACAUAGCAGCAUUAUUGCUACCACACUUUUAGGUAGCAUGGUCACAUUCAUCCCUUUGACCAGGGUAGAAUAUGAAGUGUUAGAAGCAUUAGAGUCACGGCUGGUUAUUCAUCCAUUGACUGCUCCUAUACUUGGAAAUGACCAUAGUGAGUUUCGCAGUCGUGAAAGCUUGCAGAGGGGAGGAAUGAGGGUAUUGGAUGGGGAUAUGCUCGGUCAGUUUUUGGAGCUCACAAGUAUGCAACAAGAGGCUGUCUUAGCGUUACCACUUGGCUCACAUAAUACUAUAAUUACGUUAACUUCAAAAUCCCCUCCUGCACCUAUUACUGCGGCUCAAGCUGUACGUCUUCUCGAGCGCGUUCAUUAUGCACUGAGUUGAUGUUCUAGCGAGAAGAUGGAGUGAAUUUUUCGUGUAAGAAUUCAAUGUUGAUUAAUCAAUAUUGUAACAUUUCAAUAGAAGAUGCACAUCAGGAAUCCCGUGAUCGUAUAUUUUUUAUCUGCUGUUUUCCUUGCAGUGACUUGUUGGGCUUUCCGGUGCCUUGUUUGUAAAUUAUUCACUCUCUGAAUGGUUCAAUCAAAUAUAUAAUUUGUAGCGUUCACCAUAGUUGGUUAAAUAUGGCACGAGAAUUAAACGAGGUUUAA